CCCAAGGUCUCCGCGCCCCGGUCCUGCCAGCAAGCACCGCACCCAUCCCAUCAGUUGGCAGUCCACAGUCCACCACUGCACCACCCAAAAGACACAAGCACGAGCCCAGCACCUAUUAUUCCUUCCCCUUGCACUUGCCAGGCCUAACCUAACCUUUUCAACCUCCUGUCCGACAUCCUCUCGUGAUAGCUGCAAAGACGACAUUUUUUGCUUGCUUCUCACCUCCUCGAGUCCUGCUUCUUCGCUCUCCUCUUUCAGUCGCUUGUCUAUACCCUCAUACAACUUGCCGCCAACAUGCGUGAGGUCAUCAGCAUCAACGUCGGUCAGGCCGGUUGCCAGAUUGCCAACUCCUGCUGGGAGCUUUACUGCCUCGAGCACGGUAUCCAGCCCGAUGGAUACUUGACCGAGGAGCGUAAGGCGGCCGACCCCGACCAUGGCUUCAGCACUUUCUUCUCCGAGACUGGCCAGGGCAAGUACGUCCCCCGUGCUAUCUACUGCGAUCUUGAGCCCAAUGUCGUCGACGAGGUCCGCACUGGCCCCUACCGCGGUCUCUUCCACCCCGAACACAUGAUCACUGGCAAGGAGGAUGCCUCCAACAACUACGCUCGUGGCCACUACACUGUCGGCAAGGAGCUCAUCGACCAGGUUCUCGACAAGGUCCGCCGUGUCGCCGACAACUGCGUUGGUCUCCAGGGCUUCCUCGUCUUCCACUCAUUCGGUGGUGGUACCGGCUCUGGAUUCGGCGCUCUCCUCAUGGAGCGUCUGUCUGUCGACUACGGAAAGAAGAGCAAGCUCGAAUUCUGCGUCUACCCCGCCCCUCAGACCGCCACCUCCGUUGUUGAGCCGUACAACUCUAUCCUCACUACCCACACUACCCUCGAGCACUCCGACUGCUCCUUCAUGGUCGACAACGAGGCCAUCUACGACAUCUGCCGUCGCAACCUGGGUCUUGAGCGCCCUAACUACGAGAACCUCAACCGCCUCAUUGCGCAAGUCGUUUCCUCCAUCACCGCCUCCCUCCGCUUCGACGGCUCCCUCAACGUCGAUCUGAACGAGUUCCAGACCAACUUGGUCCCCUACCCUCGCAUUCACUUCCCCUUGGUCGCCUACGCGCCCAUGAUCUCGGCCGCCAAGGCCGCCCACGAGGCCAACUCUGUCCAAGAGAUGACCAUGUCUUGCUUCGAGCCCAACAACCAGAUGGUCAAGUGUGACCCCCGCCACGGCAAGUACAUGGCCACUUGCUUGCUGUACCGCGGUGACGUCGUCCCCAACGAUGCGCACGCCGCUGUUGCUACCCUUAAGACCAAGCGUACCAUCCAAUUCGUCGAUUGGUGCCCUACUGGCUUCAAGCUUGGUAUCUGCUACCAGGCUCCCCAGAUGGUGCCCAACGGUGACCUCGCCAAGGUCAGCCGUGCUGUGUGCAUGCUUUCCAACACCACUGCCAUCGCUGAGGCCUGGUCCGCCCUGUCAACCAAGUUCGAUCUCAUGUACUCCAAGCGUGCCUUCGUCCACUGGUAUGUUGGUGAGGGUAUGGAGGAGGGUGAGUUCUCCGAGGCUCGCGAGGAUCUCGCUGCUCUGGAGCGCGAUUACGAGGAGGUUGCUGCCGACUCCCUCGAGGGCGAGGAGGGUCUUGAGGCUGAGUACUAAGAUGUGUAUAUCCUGGCGAUUGGAUGCGGAUCAAGUUGCGCAGCAACAACCCCGAUUCUUUAUGGGGCGCAGACUUUGGUGUCAUGGAUGUUUGCAAUGAUGCUGUCCUACGGGGCCAAAGGCGUGUUUACUUCAGUUGUUAGAGUGAGAAAAGAAUAGCCAAGUUUAAUACCACGGGGAUGAAUCACCUCAAAA